AACACACAUCAAACUCUCUUGAGAGCCUACUCUCUCUAAAGCGACGAUUCAGUCAAACAUCGUUGACCGUCUCUCUCUUUAUCCUUAGUUAGAGAGAUUACGUCAUUUUCUAUAAAAAAACGACACUCUUUCUCUCUCUUUUGUAAAAAAAGUUGGGAUAUUUUAUCAAAAGGAUAUAUGGCUCCAGGACAAGAGAAUGUGAGUGAAGCCGCCGUGAGCGGAGGAAAGAAGAUUAAGGAGGUGCAUUAUCGGGGAGUGAGGAAGAGACCAUGGGGCAGAUACGCGGCUGAGAUCCGUGACCCUUGUAAGAAAAACCGGGUCUGGCUUGGGACCUUCGACACGGCCGAGGAAGCCGCUAGAGCCUACGACUUCGCCGCCAGAUCGUUCCGCGGCUCCAAAGCAACUACAAAUUUCCCUCUCGCCGGAGAUACUUUCAGCGGCGGCGACGGCGACGGUGGGAAUGUUGCCACGAAAGCGGUCGAUGCCAACCUUCCUGCGACGGCGCGCGACGGGAGACUACCAUAUGCUAAUUGGAAUAAUGAUUCCGGCGAGUUAGCUCCGGGAGAAGCGGUUGCUGGAAUUUGCUUAGAUCUGCCGCAUGCUUCUGCGUUGAGAGAGGAGCUGGUCCGAGUCCGGUACGAGCCAAUUGAAAUGGGGUUGAGCAUCGGUCUUCGAACCGCUGUGAAAGUUGAGUCGGAGGCUUCCUCCGCCGUGGAUUAUAAGCUGAAUCUAGACCUUAAGUUAGCUCCAUCGUUGGACGUUUAGGUUUUUGUUCUACUCAAGCUUGAUUUUGAAUUUAACAAGAUUAUCCUUUUUUUGGUUUUUUUUCUUGUAUCUUUAUUCCUACGGGUUGAUUUGCUGUUUCUACUAUCAUUCUAUUGGUAGAUUUUAGACUC